UUAUAGAAUGCAUUGUCCAACACUGUUCGGCUUGCAAUUUUUGACAAUUCUGCAUUGUCAUCUAUUUACAGUUAUUUUCUUAAAUUUUUUAACCUCAUCAAAUUUUUGCAACAUCAAUUGAAGAACGUUUUUAAUUUAAUUUAUGUAACAAAAAUAAAAUUAUGGAAGUGUUUUUAAAUGAAGAGCUCUCAUCUGAGGCGAAAAAGGAUAUGCGCCAUGCAUAUCUACGCGAGUGCGGUAUAACCGACAAGCUCAAUGACAUUUUAAAUAAAUUAUUGCAAGCUAGCGUAAAGCCAGAUAAUCCGUUAGAUUUCAUACGCGAGGAAUUAGGGGAUAAACCCAUACCGACGGAAACUUUUGAAAACAUGGAGCACGAAUUAGAUGAUGCGCAUCGUGAAAUUCGUCGUUUACGCGGCAUAUUAAAAGAACUUGGCGUUAAUAAUCUGGACGAACAAUUUCAUGACGCAGAAGCGGGGCCAGAUGAGUUUGAAAAUGUGGCCGGUGAAUUUAGUAAUUCAUUGACUAUUGGGGAGAUGAAUGAUGAAUACACAGGUGGACAACAUACUUAAUAAAUUAACUAAGUUAAAAGUAAAUUUAAAAACAAUUAAUUAUUUUAAUAAUACUGAAUAAAUUAAUGUACAAAAGUCGGUGCAGUACUCGUAAGUGAUGGCGUCCAAAAGCAAAUAAAGAAAUGAUUUACCAAAUUACAACUUUAAAAA